CAAAGAUGUUUUUGAACGUUAGUUCCUAUAAAGGAAAUGGAAGAGAGUUUUUUAAUUAUGAAUCAUUCCUCAUUAAAGAUAUUACAUUUUUGUUUGUAUUGAGAUUUUGAUGACAUGUGAACAGAUAUUGAAAUAAUGCUUAACUCAAAACGUAAUAAAAAUUAUGAUUGCGAAUUACAAACAAAAUUUAUACAGAACCGCAUCAGCAAGGUAGAAAGGCAAUUUGCAGAAUUAUGCAAUGCCUUUGCAGAGUAUUCUCGAAAAGCAGCUAAAAUCAGAAAUGCGGGAGAUACAUUAUCAACAGUCGUAAACCACUAUGCUGAAGGUGAAGACGUCAAUAAAUCCCUUCAGGAGGCAUUAUUUAGUUUUUCCAAAUGUGUUUUGAAGAUAAGUGAUUACUGUAACUUGCGAGUUCUUAAUAUAGACAAAAACGUUACUAAUGAAUUAUCGCAAUAUGAGUUAAUUUGUAAACAUUGUAAGGAAGAUGUGAAAGAGAUUUUUGCCUCAAGAGAAAAAGAAGUUUUAAGAAAAAAACAACUUGAAAGAAUUAAAGAGAAAAAUCCUAAAAAUCGUCAACAAAUUAUACAGGCAGAAACUGAACUAGCCAAAGCAAGUUCAGAAGUAUCACAUACAGUUCAAAAAUUAGAAGAACAAAUGGUAACAUUUGAGCAAAAAAAACUUUAUAAUUUAAAAUCGAUUUUGUUAAAUUUUAUAAAUUUUGAGAUUGGAUAUCAUGCAAAGGCACUUGAACAGCUCACAAUUGCUUAUAAUGAUAUAAAUAAUAUUAAUGAACUUAAAGAUAUGGAGGAGUUUAAAAAGUUUCUUCAAGAAUCUGCCAGUAGCAUCUCUAGCACAAGACAAACAAUUUUUAAAACUUCUCAAUCUUUAAGUGCACUUAAUUUAUUUUCGAAACAAAAUCAUCCAAGGAACUCGGGAAUUCCUAACUUCAGUCAAAAAUAUUCUCCAGCUUUCUCAAAAAGUGUUAAUGAUCUUGAAAAUGUACAAAAGGAAAAUGACGAAAUUAGUUCUUCAAAUAGUUCAAGUGAAUCUGACAUAGAAAAUACAACAUCAGAGGAUUCUGAAGAAAUUAACCCCCAGAUCACUAAAGAAAAUUAACUUUAA